UUCAGUCAGAGCCCCCCACCCAGCCCCAGCCGUCACCCACUCCCAGGCUCCCAAGGCAGUCACACACUCAGCCUCUGUGACGCUCAGUGGCCAAGCUGGGAGGGGGGUGCACAGGCUGGGGACACUGGAAUAUUCACGGCCCCGUUGCGGCAGAGGCAGCCGGAGGAGCAGCCCACCCCACAAGGGACCCCUCAGGAAUGAAGUAGCCUUUCAGGGCUGGAGGGGCUGCAGGCUCCCUUCCUCUCCUUAAAUAGCCAGCCAUCCACCCGCAGCUGCACAGAGGCCACCGCCGACGCCACCGCCCGCGCCCACAGUUCACCUGCCACCCCAGCUCCUGUCCCUUCCUCCUGGACCAGCUGUGAGAGCCAAAGCAUGAAUGGCCUCGAGGUGGCCUCCCCAAGUCUGACCGACAACUCAUCUCUGACCACUGAGCAAUGUGGGCAGGAGACACCCCUGGAGAACAUGCUGUUCGCUUGCUUCUACCUCCUGGAUUUCAUCCUGGCUUUUGUUGGCAAUGCCCUGGCCCUGUGGCUUUUCAUCCGGGACCACAAGUCAGGCACCCCAGCCAAUGUGUUCCUGAUGCACCUGGCCGUGGCCGACUUGUCCUGUGUGCUGGUCCUGCCCACCCGCCUUGUCUAUCACUUCUCUGGGAACCACUGGCCAUUUGGGGAAAUCCCGUGCCGACUCACCGGCUUCCUCUUCUACCUCAACAUGUACGCCAGCAUCUACUUCCUCACCUGCAUCAGUGCUGACCGCUUCCUGGCCAUCGUGCACCCGGUCAAGUCCCUCAAGCUACGCAGGCCUCUCUAUGCCCACUUAGCCUGCGCCUUCCUGUGGGUGGUAGUGGCUGUGGCCAUGGCUCCACUACUGGUCAGCCCACAGACGGUCCAGACCAACCACACAGUUGUCUGCCUGCAGCUGUACCGAGAGAAGGCCUCCCACCACGCCCUGGCGUCCCUCGCCGUGGCCUUCACCUUCCCGUUUGUCACAACGGUCACCUGCUACCUGCUGAUCAUCCGCAGCCUGAGACAGGGCCCCCGCGUGGAGAAGCGCCUCAAGAACAAAGCCGUCCGCAUGAUCGCCAUGGUGCUGGCCAUCUUCCUGAUCUGCUUCGUGCCCUACCACGUCCACCGCUCCAUCUAUGUGCUGCACUACCGGGGCGGCGGGACCUCCUGCACCGCCCAGCGUGUCCUGGCCCUGGGAAACCGCAUCACCUCCUGUCUCACCAGCCUCAAUGGGGCCCUCGACCCUGUCAUGUACUUCUUCGUGGCUGAGAAGUUCCGUCACGCCCUGUGCAAUUUGCUCUGCGGCAAAAGGCUCACGGGUCCGCCCCCUAGCUUUGAAGGGAAAACCAACGAGAGCUCGCUGAGUGCCAGGUCAGAGCUGUGAGCCCGAGGCUCUGUCCCUGGGUGGGCCACAGACUGUUGCAGGAGGAGGGUCCCCUGGGGGUGGGUGACACUGGUCUCAGCAAAGAGAAGGCUGCCCACUCUCCAAUCUCCCUGAGCAAACCACCUGUUUCAGCAGGUCCCUACUCGUCCCUCCCAAAGGUCUGAACUUCCAGGUCACCCAGACCGGAGCUGGGUCUUAACCGCACAGAACCCCUAAAAAAGAAGAAGAAUCAAUGAGGAUUGAGAGGCCAUCCCUCUGCAGGGACUGUUGGCUCUGCUUCCUAGUCGCUCCCAGACACCCAGUGAGUUCACCCAUGGAAUGGGGGAGGGGACCCAGAGGGACAACUCCAGAACACUGAGGGUCUUUCUUUCCCCCACUAGACUGCCAGCCUCCCUCCUUACAGAAAUGCACAGCAGGGAGGCCACGUAGAAAGGCCCAGAAGGAAGGCUGCAAAGGACUCAGGAGAAGAGGCACCCAUGAAUCUCAGUGGAGGAGUAGGAACAGUGUCUACGGUACAAGGAGUUCCCUUUGCAGUGCCUUUGCCAGAUGAGCCCUUUCUGAAUUUUGGGGGGAUGGACUAUAAAUUGUAGCUAAACGCCGUAAGUAUAUUCAGACUGGUUGCCACGUGACACCCAGCAAACGUGGUUUGCAGAACACAUUCAUCCUGAUCCCUCCUGUUAUAAACUACACAGAGAUCUGCCUGUGGUCUGACAAUCCCUAGAGCCUCUCAGCAAAAGGAGCGCGGUGUGUAUCCUGCUAAUCCAGACCUGGCAGCGGCAUCCUGAGUCCCAUUUCCUCCUGAGGGGACUCAACCAGCCUCUGCCCACCCAGUUUUGAGCUGUCUCGCUUGGUAGCCUGCAUGCGUCCCCCUAACAUGUCCUUUUUUGUACUUGUUUGUACUGAUCAUAAACUGAAUUGUAGUUUUAAGCUGA